GAUUUUUGGAUGACUAUUAACAUUUUGACCCCUAGGCUCACCACCAUCUGUGGGAUAGUGAACCUCAGCUGGGUCCUGACUCUGCACUGUCGAUAAGGCUGCAAAACCUCAAACGCUUAGAAGGAUUACAAGGAGAGAGAGUUUGGAGAAAGAGAGAACGAAUGGCUUGUGUAUCAGUGGGAACAUGGCUCUAUCCAAGGGAUGGUGGCAUACAAACUCGCGGCCCCUCAGCUUCACUGACUCUCCUCACUGGUUCCAGAACAGGGACCUCUGUGUCUAUGGCUACAAAGACCCAAAGUCGUUCUGGGCGGCUUCGUUGCUUCUUUGUCCCUUCUUCUUCUUCUCUUUCUCUCUCAUCCACCUCUUCCUUCUCAGGUUUAUCAUUGGGGUUGGGUUUGAAUUCUGGCGUUGGGGUGAGACCAAACAAAGGCCGUGGUUUAGUGGUGAGGGCAGGCAAACCGGCUCUUUGUUUGACUAAGAGGAACAGAUCUCGGAAGUCUCUAGCUCGAACUCAUGGCUUUCGGAAGAGAAUGAGUACAACCAGUGGAAGGGCAUUGAUAAAGCGCCGGCGUGCCAAGGGGCGAUGGGUCCUCUGCCCAAAGUCCAACCACAACAGUGGGAAACGUCCUUGAAUCUCAUCUUUUUUAAUCAGUUACAGUAGGUAAUUUCAAUGAUUUGAUGACUCUACUGGUUGAUUGUUGUAAACUUGAUUGUGUUACAAGCUUUUAUCUAACAAGGGCUUUUCUUCAUUUUUUCAAUUGUUCCAUUUAAGAGGUUUCUUUUGUUAAUUUGAGUCUAUUGUCUUUGUGUUGAUCACAUUUCUUUGUACUUGUUUUGUGCUUAUGUCAGUGGUUUUUAGUGGGGUUACCCAUCAAACCAAGUAUAUAAAGUGACAAGCCCCUUGUGAACAAAACAUUCCUACAAUCUUCAUGUGUUACAUGUUGUCCUUUUGAUGUUUUGAAAACUACUACGAGUUACAUUUAUUAUUUAGGGUUGAA